GGCCGCCCCGCCGCCGCCGCCGCCGCCGCCGCCGCCGCCGCCAUGGGGAACCUGUUCGGCCGCAAGAAGCAGAGCCGGGUGACGGAGCAGGACAAGGCCGUGCUGCAACUGAAGCAGCAGCGGGACAAACUGAGGCAGUACCAGAAGAGGAUCACCCAGCAGCUGCAGAGGGAGCGGGAGAUCGCCCGGCAGCUCCUUCACGAGGGCAAGAAAGAAAGGGCCAAGCUGCUGCUGAAGAAGAAGCGAUACCGGGAACAGCUGCUGGACAAGACGGAGACUCAGAUCACCAACCUGGAGUCCAUGGUUCAAAAUAUCGAAUUCGCCCAAAUUGAAAUGAAGGUGAUCGAAGGCCUGAAGAUCGGGAACGAGUGUCUGACCAAGAUGCAUCAGGUGAUGUCGCUCGAAGAAGUGGAAAGGAUAAUGGACGAAACCCACGACGCCGUGGAGUACCAGAGGCAAAUAGACGAGCUGUUGGCCGGCGGCAGCUUCACUCAAGAGGACGAAGACGCCAUCCUAGAGGAACUGAAUGAAAUCACUCAGGAACAAGUCCACCUGCCCGACGUCCCCGUGGAGCCGCCCCCCGCCCGGACCCCAGAGAAAGUCCCGGUCAAGAAUAGGCCAGAGCAGCCAGAACCGGUGGCGGCAUCUUAAUCUCAGACCUCCCGGCAACCCCCGCCGGCAAUUUCCCCACGGACCGUGAGCCCGGAGGGGUGGGUUUGGCCCCGCCCCCCGCCCCUCUUCCCGGCAGGGGUGGCCAGCGGGGUCACGUUUCUCGCUCUUGUAUCAAGAUUUUUUUCUAGAGCUUCUCUUUUCCCCCUCCAUCCCCGUCCCCUCCGGUCCUAUUUAAAGUCGGAAGGCGCCGGCGGGCCGCACCGACCCUCUCGCCCCCGGAUUAAACCGUGACUUUCCAAGCGGCCGGGCCCCGGGCUCUCUCUCGAGGUGGAACGGACCCUCCCCGACCUCCGGCUCUUCGGGGGCCCUCUUGGCAUUUCCCCGGGCGAAGCCAGCCUCUUCUCCGAGGACCUCCUCCUCCUCCUCCUCAGUUGACGCUCUCUUUCUUCAAGGUUUCGGCCGCCCCGGGGGUCUCCCCCUCUGACCCCCGGCAGCACAGCUAUCUCUCCGCUUUCUCUCGGGGAACCCAUCUCGCGAUGGCGUCCGGGGGCCGGGGCGGGGCCGGCGGUACCGCG